UGAUGCUCCCCUGUGAAACCUUGCACGGAAAUCUCAGAAACCAGAGGACGGGAGGACUGUGCCAAUCGCGUUACGUUAUAAUUCAGGGCUUGUUCUACCUCUCUUCAUUUGUCUUACCUUCAAGAAACAGCUACUAAGUGUAACGAUUCCACGUGUAAUCUAAAGACACCUGUUCAAGUGGACACCUAUCAGCAGGUGACUUGAAUUUCCCUAGAGGAACAAAAAUGCCACCACCUGCGGUCGCCCCUCCCACCCACCCGCCCCCGGAUGGGGGGUGGGGCUGGGUGGUGGUCGGAGCUUCCUUUAUCUCCAUUGGAUUUUCAUAUGCGUUCCCCAAAGCCAUCACAGUAUUUUUCAAAGAAAUUCAGCAGAUAUUCAACACAUCCUACAGUGAAAUCGCAUGGAUAUCAUCCAUCAUGCUGGCUGUCAUGUACGCUGGAGGUCCCGUCAGCAGUGUUUUGGUGAACAGAUACGGGAGCCGGCCCAUCGUCGUGGCGGGUGGCGCGCUGUGCUGCCUGGGCAUGCUGGCCGCCUCCUUCAGCAGCAGUGUGCAGGAGCUGUACCUCACGGUGGGAUUCCUGGGCGGGCUCGGCCUGGCCUUCAACCUGCAACCCGCCCUAACGAUCAUCGGCAAAUACUUCUAUAGGAAACGCCCGGUGGCCAACGGCCUCGCCAUGGCGGGGAGCCCUGUGUUCCUCAGCACGCUGGCUCCUUUCAAUCAGUACCUUCUCAACACUUUUGGCUGGAAAGGGAGCUUUUUGAUUUUGGGUGGGAUUCUGUUGAAUGCCUGUGUGGCGGGGGCCCUCAUGAGGCCCCUCGGACCCAGACAGACCACUUCCAAGUCCAAAGUGAAGCUCGACGUCGCCUCAGAGGACGCAGGUGUGAGGAAAAGCCCGAAGAUGUCGCUGUACGAAAAAAUCAAUAAGUACCUAGACUUCUCCCUCUUCAAGCACAGGGGCUUUCUCAUCUACCUGUCCGGGAACGUCAUCAUGUUCUUCGGGUUCUUCGCCCCCGUGAUAUUCUUGGCCCCCUACGCCAAGGACCAAGGCAUCGACGAGUACUCGGCGGCCUUCUUGCUGUCGGUCAUGGCUUUUGUGGACAUGUUUGCCAGACCCUCUGUGGGCUUGAUCGCGAACUCCAAGCUCAUCCGGCCCCGGAUCCAGUACUUCUUCAGCCUGGCGGUGAUGUUCAACGGGCUGUGCCACCUGCUGUGCCCGCUGGCACAAGACUACACGACGCUCGUGCUCUACGCCGUCUUCUUCGGCCUCGGCUUCGGCAGCGUGAGCAGCGUCCUUUUCGAAACGCUCAUGGACCUGGUGGGCGCGGCCCGCUUCUCCAGCGCGGUGGGGCUGGUCACGGUGGUGGAGUGCGGCCCGGUGCUCCUCGGCCCCCCGCUGGCCGGACAAUUGGUGGAUAAGACUGGAGACUAUAAGUACAUGUACAUGGCCUGUGGCGCGAUCGUGGUCCUAGCGAGUGUGUGGCUGCUCAUCGGAAAUGCUAUAAACUACAGAUUGCUCGCAAAGGAAAAGAAGUUGGAAGAAGCCAAGAAGGAGAAAAUGCACAGCCCCGAUUCCACAGAAUCGGAACCACUGAACAAAAGUAAACAUUGUGAAGUUAGUAUCAGAAGCUCGCGAGAAGGGGCUGCGCCGUCGGAAAGAGAGACUAAUAUUUAAACAGAGUCGCCUCUCAUUCCAGUGUUUAUGACUCUCCUAGCCCUCCCCCAUAUCAGGUUUUUUAUUGUUGUAGUGAGUCAUAAUUACAGGUGGAAGUGAUGUUUUUCUCCAUGGCAAAUUGUAAUGAAGUCUGUUUUUAAAACUUUGAGAUUAGAGAGAGAGACUGUGCAGUGGCUUUAAUCACACACAUGACGGGUGGGUGGCAGUGGCUGAAAUAACGUUAACGUCUCCUAGAGACUUUGUCUCGGUGAUAGAGAUGUGAAUUCAAAGCCUGGUGUCAGUCGGUAGCAGGAGUAUGUUUAAUCUCAUAAGUGACCCCUCUCCGCAUUUCAUUUUUCUGCCUGACACUAAAGUAGCAAGCUGAAUUCAAGGAGAAUGUGGACACAUCACGCUCACACACAAGUAUGCACACGCUCAGGGUCUGGAGGGAAAAAGACAAGUUCAAGGAGAAUAUUAGCACUGUAAUUUUAAAUAAAAGAAAAGCCCGUGAAACAAAUUAAAUAUCUUCUAUCUGCAUUGUGCUUUACAAUGUAAGUUGUAAAGACCCUACAAGAACAUGGGUGGAAAUGGAUGAUUCAUUUUUAAAUAAAUUUGAACAAAAGAAAAAACUCCACUUUAGAACAUUAUUUCUGAGCACUGUUAGGUUUGAUUAAUUCACACACAGACUUUUUUUGUAAGUAGGCCAUUAGUACCUAGUGCUAGAGAAUUGAGCCCUCAAAUAAUUUUCAGAAUCAUCCGCUAAUUUGCUAAAAGCCUAAACGCCCCUGGCAAUAAGCUAUGUCCAUUGAUUUUAAAAGAUGCUACUUAGAAAUCCACAAUUUGAUGACAGGGACCUCUUUUAAACUGAAGUUAAUGCAGACGAACCAAAAUACCGCUGCCUCAGAGUGGAACCAGUCAAAAUCCUGACGGAGAGGUUUGCAAGUAGGUGGAGUUCUAAGUUUUCCCAGCAAAUAGCGAUGAUCGAAGGGUUACUGUUGUGAGUAGCCCAUCUGAUUAAAACCAACUAAGCGCGGGAGGUGCUUCUGAUGAGGCUUCCAGGCUCUCAUUUCCCUCCCCUUCCCAAAAUGCAAAAGCAAAAAAAAAAAAAAAAGCCAGACUAUUUACGUCACUGCAGAUACCUCACAGUGUGAAAAGAGCAGCGCUUGAAUCCUCUCCUCCCGGCGGUAGGCCCACGCAGCCUGCGGGCUCAGAAGCCAGGAGACUGUAGGCAGAGGCUUCCAGAAGGGCAGGCUGCGUGUGACGGGGUGCACACCCGCGCCUGCAGGUGGCUGGUCCCGUGACAGCGGCAGCCAGGCUGAUGCCAGGCCUCGGUCCCCGGACGCCAUGGAAGCAUCCAGGUGUCUGAUCACCUUUGAACACAGAGGCACAUGGCGGGCUGUUUGCUCACAGCCCUACCCACUGUCUUGGGUGCGAAAAGUGUUUUUAAACAAGAAGAAAUUGCAUAGCAGAGCAAGUUAUAAAUAUUUAUAUCGAGAAUCUGAAAUUUAAAUGAACGUCAUGAUGGAUAAAAACAGUCAGUGCUUGGUUAUCGAAGUGAUGCCGCUCGAAAGCUGGCGAAGGAAGCUGCAGUCACUGGCUGUGGCUGUAGCAGCGGGUGCUGUCCACUUCCCUAUGAAAUUGCAGCCGGAUACCAAGCUUCUGCGAAUGUUAGUGUUCGGGGUUGGAUUGCCAGUGCAUGCACCGUUUACCUGUGGGGAUGACGCCUAAGUGAGUCCUGUAGAAUUCCAUCAUUCAUUUGACAUUUACCUAUUUACACUUAAGUAUUCAUCUUUUUCAGAUAUUAAGUCAAGCGACACGCACCAAUAAAAUAGGCAAAUAAAUCAGGGGAAAUGUGGCAGUAUGUGGCUCCCUCAAUUUACUUCCAUCUAAGCUUGAGUCUUGAAUGAGCUUUUUCGGUUAGUGCUUUUAUCCUCUGCUGUGACUCGUCACAAGAAAUGCAGCAUCAUAAACUGUGCAGGAAUUCGCAAAUAUCAUAAAAUGCCAGGCGUUCUCUGAAGACGCAUUUAAACUAAUGCAGGCCUCAGACCCCCGGGGGAAGAAGGAGCAAAGUGCAGAGUCGUGGAGCUGUAACAGGUCACGGCCAGCAGCCAGAGGCUGCCCAGCCGCCCAGAGGCUGCCCAGCCCUGCGGGCGGGACCAGGCCAAACCGCUGGCUCUCUGGCGCCCUUCCCUCACUCUAUUUCUAGCGCGGGGAGUCGGCGUGGGGUGCAAAGCCCACCAGAGGGCACCCCGCUCCCCGCGGCGGCCAACCAGAGCGCGUGGCCAGGCCGGGACUCGCUGGGCGCAGAGCUGCUCAAGAGCGGACCCAGGAUUCCGCUCUUCUGCGUGUGCACUCGCCCCACUUCGCCCUGGGGCGCCUGUUGGCCCACUCCGUGGUCACAGAGGGCGCAGGGGGCAGUGAGGGCGAGCCCCGGCGUCGCCGUCGUUCAAGGCGGCCAAGUCCGGGUUCCUGGGUGGGAAGACGGCGCAGCCCUGUUAGCCCCUCGGGAACGCUGGGGAGAGGCGUGCCCUCACCCCAGCCUGUCCCCCAAUCUUCUUUUGGGUCAUCUGAGAGUGAAGUGUUAGAUUGAAAGGCGCGAUCUUUUCUGUGUGAAUUCGCAUGGCUCAUAAAUUUCACUUCUCUAUUUCCAGCCACUUUGGUUCAUGGGCUGCUUUUGAACACGAGGAAAUAACUAGAAUAUCUGACUACACAUUUUUAAUCUAGUUAUCGAUACUCAUCCUUUGACAGCAUAUAACAGUUUAGAAUCUACAAGAUGUGUGAUAUAACGAUUUUUCCUAUUGAUAUUUUAAGACACAGCAAUAUCCUUAAUCAGCGAAUGACAAUUUGCACUUGAAAACAGGCAUUAAAAAACUCUCCUGUGUAAAAUGUUGUAGGUUUUUAAUAAACUUAAAAUGCAUGAUUACUCUGUGUUCAUUAGGGAGAAGGCAUGCAAUGUGGGAAAGAAACUAAACCAUGCCAUGCAUUUUGCCUAAAUAAUAAGUUUUACUAUUCAACAUACAUGAAUCCUGGGUAGAUGUUAGUGGCCAGAUUUAACAGCUGAGUGAUACAAAACAAAACAAGACAUACGAAAGUUCAGAAAUUCCCCAAAUCCAGAGGUAACAGGAUGUGAUAGGACCAGAACUGAAACUCAGUUUUAUCUCAAAGCAGAACGUGCUGCUCAUGUUAGAAGCUGCAGGAGCAAAGGCGAGUCAGAUAAAGACACAAAAUUGUCAACUCCGCUGCAAGUCGGUGGGUUUAACUGUGGUUUGCGCUCGGUCCAUUUAAUGCUUGUUGGAGACUGGGUUUGCUAGCACCUAAGUAGAUGUUUCCAGGUUGCCUGAUUUUCUAGCCAAUGCGACUUCUCCAAAGAAAAAAAAAUGCUUGCAAAAUAGCCAUGAUUGCUUUUCGUGAAAAUAAUGGCAUUUUUAUGACUCAGGCAUACUAGAGUUUCUCUGAGGUUAGAGUUAGAAGAAAACUAUUGUUUUUUUUAUAAAUAAGUCCCAUAUUUGUUGCUGUUUAUUAUGACUCAAAAAUAAAAUUAAAAAAAGCACUUCCUAGGAAACAUAUUCAUAAUCUUAGUGAUUCUCAUUUAUGGGAUGAUCCCAAGCUACCAAAAUGUUAGAAAUAGUAUAAGACACAAAGAAUUUGGUUAAUCUAUGCACCUAAGUGACUAUAGGCUUAUGCUUUUCUACAUAAGGAAAGCACUGCCAUUCUGGAAGAUUUGUCUUUGUUAGUAUGUUUUCCAUGUGUGUGGUAAAUAGAUCAUUGAAGGGGAGUUUUGAAAAUUUAGAAAAUCCAAUCAUCUUAUUUUUGACAUUUACAAUCCUGGGUGUUUCUAAUUUUCUUACAACGUCAGACAACUUUAAGAAGCAGAGUUUGAUACUAUUGCAGGUCCCUCGGGCUUUUGCAGUCCAAGGGUAUCUCUGAUACAGGACACCCACGAGACCCCUCUCCAAGGUGGUCUAAUACCAAAGAGCAGAGGAAUUAUAGAUAAAAAUGACAAUCAUUUCUUGUGUCUUUUUAGGUUUUGAUUUCUCCCUACCCCCAACUCAGUCAUUAAGAAUGCUCAAAAUCUUUCCUGAUAAGUAAAAAUGAACAACUUGUUAAGUUCAUGUCUUUUUUUUUUUAUAGUUGAGACUUUUCUUCUCUACUAUCAGUUGCUUUUGCACUAUCAGUUGUAACUCUGUAAGGUCCCACCUGGUCUAUUUUUGUCUUCUCUCUCUUACUGCUUUUUUUUCACUUUAUUUAACUUAUGUACAGUCUGUGGAAGAUUUAUUGUAGUGUUGAGAAUGAUACGUUUAGUUCUCUACCUUAAUAGGAAAAGUAAGACUACAAAAAUAAUUUUGAUUUUAAUGGGGUAAUAUUUUAGAACAAAUUAUUUCUCCCAUUGCAAUUUUAUGCUGCUUUAUGCCAACCUCAUUAUUCUUCUAUAAUUGUUUUUAAGGUGAUUUUGCUUUUAUUGUUUUGCAGUAUCUAGGUCAACUUAUUUAUCUUUUGUUAUAUUAUGGACAUUUUAGUAAAAAUGCUAAGUAUGGAAUGGGGGUUUAGUUUUACCAUGGUGUGCGUUGAAUCCAUGUGUCAAUAACCCAUGGUUUGUUUGCUGAUAGUUAUAUUUUAUUUUAGAAGCAUCGUUCAUAUAUGAGUUUCCUAAAGGUAAUGCCAGAGCAACAAGCAAUAUGUUUAUUAAAUCGCUAAGUUAUAUGCAAGAAAUGACUGACGUUGUGUUACCUUGAGGAGAAUGCCUCCAUAAUAGUUCUUGACCCAAGAAUCUUAGGAGGCACUUAUGUGUUAGUAGGCUUAGAACAAUCUAAAGAAAUCCUGUUUUAAAGUGGUUAUUUCACCUAAUUAAGAAAUAUAAAAUUUUAUGAGGUGUCUAGGAACAGUAAAACUAGAUUUUCUCUUACCUUAGAGGUACCAACUUCUCCCAUCACAAUUUUCCCUAGACAAAUAUUCUCUCUACAGUUUUUUUUUCUAAUUUUCAGCCCAGAAAAUAGUCACUCCUCAAUGAGAGGCAUAUAUUUUAUAUAUGUAUGUAUUUCUUCAGCAAAUAUUUCUUUUGUGUCCCCUAUUACAUUUGGAAAAAUACUAAAAGUAAGCUUGUUGGAGUAAACGUUAAACAUAAUGUUGUAUUGCGCACCAUAUAGAUGUAAGAAAGACAUGCCUGGCAGAAGUGACAGUUAACUAGCUUUUGCAAAUAUGGGGUUUAUAUAUACAAUUUUUUUUAAAUAUACAGGAUCUCACAGAUUGUAUUUUUAUGAUUUUUAAGUAAAAAGAAACAAGAUGUAGUUGUUGUGUUUGUUAAAGACCAUGCAUAAUAUAACAAAAGAUCUUGCAUCUGAAAGACCGCUGAACAGAUGAUCCUGUUAUCAGUUAGCCUAGCGACUGUGGUUACUAAGGUACCAAAAUAAAGAAAAGGGUAGCUUUGUUUGACUCUUAAGAUGAUCCAGUCAUCUGUUUUUACAUGCCAUUAAUCAGGGCUGUACAGAUUUCAUAAAAUAUCAACAGGUAUAAAAUAACUAAAAUCUCUUACAGAUGAAUGUAUGUAAAGGAACUGUGAUUAAAUCUUGGAAUGUAUAUUUCUGUAAUUUAUAUAUAUUACAUAUCAUAUGGAUGGAUAGAUAAAUAGAUAGGUAGAUAGAUCGAUAGAUAGAUAGAUAGAUACAUAGAUAGAUAGAGGUGUCAAACUGAGCAAACAAAACUUGAGGAAGAAAAUUAACCAAAAAUGAACAAACUGGCAUUGUCACAAUGUGUGUAUUUUGUUUUUAACUAAACUCAGUGUAGAUGCAUUUAAAUCCGCAGUGUAUCUUAGUGUCAAUCAGUUAAAAGUAUAUUCAGUUCCCUGUAUUGCUCCUUCAUUUUUCGGCACACUUGUUUCAAUACUGAAUUAUUUAUCACUCAACUUUCAUUUAUAGUACAGUAACAUGUGAACUUCACUUUCUGGGAAACCCUGUUUUGGAGUUUCUGUGUUUCACGACAUACCUAAUUUGAAAUUCAAUGUCCAAUUUCUCGUUGUAAGUCUAUAUUUUGCCUGUAGUUUCUCAUGUGUGUCAAAUUCAUCUCUUUCUUACUAGGCUGUGAGCUCCUGUGGACAAGAAUGUCAUCUUAGUUAUAGUAGCACUUAGACCUAACAAAGUGUGAGACACAGGAUGAUCCCUUUAUUGAAAUGAACCUGUGAGCCUAUAUUAUCAAAUGAAUACUACAGUAUUCUGUGACACAGACUGAAUGUACAUUAGAGGAAUUCUGGGUAGUGUGCAAAAUAAGAUGUAGAAAGCAACAACUUUAGCAUUUUUAAUCUUAGAUUUAAAAUCAGUUUUGAUUUGGUUUGAUUAUUAAAUAUUCUAUGCAAAUGCUGAAAUAUGCAGCAGUUAAACUUCAUGUUACAUAUUAAAUAGCUUUAUUUUCUUUACAAGAUCAGAACUGCUGUAUUUAGGCUUCCUGCAAAUGUUGACAAUCAUUUUAUUGACCAAAGGUGCUACCUGUUUGCCAAUAUUUACCGUGAUCAUAAGUGCUCUGUCUGCUGAACUGUAUUUCUUCUUUUUGUGGAAAGGCAGAGGGAGCAGUGAAAAUUAUUAGAAUAUCUUUUUUGUGGAUUAUGCAAAUUAGCCCUCUUUGUCCCUUUGUAUACUAGAUUAUUGUACUUGAAUAAUCGUCUUACUGCUCACUGCCUUUUACUGUUUCUAGAACAUAUAUGCAUAUAUAUUUAUAAGUGUAUGUGAGGGAAAUCCUGGAUUGCUUAUGAAAUUAAUAUUAAAAUGACAAACGUUCCUGUUUAACUUUUGAGGUGAUACCUUCACUGCUGUAUCUUAAAACCACUCAGUGCUAUGCUGCUAUGCGAAUUCAAUAAAAUUUUUGACUUCU